CAUCAGACAUAGGGGAGGGAAAAAGCGAAGUGAUCCAUUGAACCAAAAGUCUUUGCCCUCUCUAAAUUACGUAGUGGCCCAUAUCUUUUCUCUUUUUUUUCCACUUUAAAAAAAAAAUUGUUUUUCUUUCUUUUGUACUUGAAAACCUCUGGUUAUUGGUAAUUAGCUUGAGGAGAAUAAAACCAGCCGAUAGGGAGAGGGGUGGUGCAUUGUGGAGCGAGAUGGCUAACAGAAUGGUUCUAUCACUCCUUCAUGGUUUCUUCUACCUCUCUCUGAUUCAGCCCUCUCUUCAAGGAGGUGUGUACGUACCGGCUGGUGCUGGAGUCGGACCAGGAGCAGGAGGAUCUGGACCAGGUGCUGGUCUCUACCCAGGAGCUGGUGGGAUACCCGCAGGAGCAGGCUACAAACCAGCUAAAACUAGUGCUGGAGGAUAUGGAGGACGGGGUGGUGUUGGUGCUGGAGGUCUGGUCCCUGGUGGCGGGGCUGGAGGCAUAGGAGCAGGAGGCCUCGGAGGAGGAGGAGCCGGUGGAAAGGGCCCCAAACCUGGUUAUGGGAACCUUGGUGCUGGUGGUGUUGGGGGCGGUGGUCUUGGUGUUGGAGGAUAUGGAGCUGGUCCUGGAGCCACCGGUCUAGGAACAGGAAGCUUUGGAGGAGGAGGAGGAUACGCUAAGCCUGGAGCUGGUUAUGGAGGAGGCUCGCCGUAUGGAGGCUCGACUUAUGGAGGAGGUGGUGCUGGGGGCUUCUUCCCUGGAGGUGGUCUGGGACAGAAGGCAGGACCCAAACCAGGCUAUGGGGCAGGAGCUGGACUACAACCAGGCUAUGGUGCAGGUGGACUACCCGGGGGUGGACUACAGCCAGGCUAUGGCGGUGGUGGAUUACAGCCAGGUCUAGGGGGACCUGGAGGCGCAGGAACAGGAGCUGCAGUUCCUGCAGGAGCACCUGUUAUUCCUCAGACUGGACUACCUGGAGGUGGGCUGGGACCUGGUGCCGGCAAAGGAAAGGCUCCAAAAGGAGGAGUGCCAGGUGUGGGGGUGCCUGGACUUUACCAAGGUGGCCAGGUGCCAGGACAAGGGUUUGGUGGUCGUGGAGUGCUGCCCGGUGUGGCCACUGGGAACGGACUCAAUCCCAAAUCAUUGCCAGGUGGAGGACAACAGGGACCAGGAGGCUCAGGUCGUGUUGGUUACGGAGGCCCAAUGCAGCCAGGAGUAUUCCAUGGAUACCCACUCAAAACACCCAAAACACAAGUUCCUUUCCCUCUAGUGCACAGAGUGUCUUAUCCCCAUCACCCCUAUUAUGGCCACAUGCACAGCCCCAUGCACGGCCACGGUCACAUGAACGGCCACGUGCACGGGCGGUUCUAUGGCUACCCCCCUCCUAGGCAUCAGGUCAUGUAUGGUGGCUAUGGAGCGAAAGCUGGAGGAGCUGGAGGCAAACUUCCAUUUGGAUAUGGGGGCUUUGGUGGUGGUGGUGGAGCAGGCCUUCCUGGGGGAAAAGGAGGUCCUGGAUCCAAGCCUGGAUACCCCAUUGGAACUGGUGUGGGGACAGGAGGUCUUAACCCGGCCCAGGCUCAAGCUAAAGCUGCUAAAUAUGGUGCUGGUUUGGGUGGUGUGCCUGGUGCAGGUGGAGCCUACCCUGGAGCGGGAGGAGCUUACCCUGGAGGAUAUAAUCCUGCUGCAGCCAAAGCUGCUAAAUAUGGAGUCCCAGGAGGUGCAGGGGGCGUACCAGGUCUUGGAUCAGUAGCAGGAGGAGCAGGAGGAGUACCUGGAGGGGUACCCGGAGGAGCUGGAGGAUAUAACCCUGCUGCGGCCAAAGCUGCUAAAUAUGGAGUUCCAGGAGGUGCAGGAGCAGGCCUAGGAGCUGGAGGACUUGGUGGAGUACCAGGAGGGGGAGGGGGGGGUGUACCUGGGGCUGGAGGAUAUAAUCCCGCGGCGGCCAAAGCAGCUAAAUAUGGACUCCCAGGAGGAGGUGCAGGCGGUCUUCCAGGUGCUGGAUCAGUUGCAGGAGGAGUAGGAGGAGUACCAGGAGCUGGGGCUGGAGGAUAUAAUCCUGCUGCGGCCAAAGCCGCUAAAUAUGGAGUUCCAGGAGGAGCAGGUGCAGGGUUAGGAGGAGCAGGCGCAGGGUUAGGAGGAGCAGGCGCAGGGUUAGGAGGAGCUGGAGGCUAUGGAGUGGGAGCCAGGCCUCCCUAUUACGGUGUUCCAGGGAGUGCUGGGUUUGGGGGAGCAGGGGCUUUUCCAGGGGCUGGAGGAUACAACCCUGCCACCAAAGCUGCUAAAUAUGGAGUACCAGGAGGUGCGGGAGCAGGCCUAGGAGCUGGAGGACUUGGAGGAGCAGGAGGAGGGGUACCAGGGGCUGGGGCUGGGGCUGGAGGAUACAAUCCUGCUGCCGCUGCCAAAGCUGCUAAAUACGGGGUCCCAGGAGGUGCAUGGGCAGGCCUAGGAGCUGGAGGUCUUGGAGGAACAGGAGGGGUACCAGCAGGAGGAGCUGGGGCUGGAGGGUAUAAUCCUGCUGCUGCCAAAGCUGCUAAAUAUGGAGUCACCGGAGGUGCAGGAGCAGGCCUAGGAGCUGGAGGAGCAGGAGGAGUACCUGGAGGAGGAGCAGGGGGUGUACCUGGGGCUUUAGGAUAUAAUCCCGCUGCAGCCAAAGCUGCUAAAUAUGGAGUUCCAGGAGGUGUAGGAGCAGGCCUAGGAGCUGGAGGACUUGGAGGAGCAGGAGGAGGAGGAUAUGGGGGUGCAGGAGGGGCUGGGGCUGGAGGAUAUAACCCUGCUGCGGCCAAAGCUGCUAAAUAUGGAGUUCCAGGAGGUGCAGGAGCAGGCCUAGGAGCUGGAGGAGUACCAGGAGGAAGAGGGGGUGUACCUGGGGCUGGAGGAUAUAAUCCCGCUGCAGCCAAAGCUGCUAAAUAUGGAGUUCAAGGAGGUGUAGGAACAGGCCUAGGAGCAGGAGGACUUGGAGGAGCAGGAGGAAUACAGGGAGGAGUACCUGGAGGAGGAGCAGGGGUUGUCCCUGGGGCUGGAGGAUAUAAUCCUGCUGCGGCCAAAGCUGCUAAAUAUGGUCAAGGGGCUGCUGGUGGGCCAGGGGGUGGAUAUGGUGGUGUGCCUGCUGGAGGAUAUCCCAGGCCUGGGAGCUAUGGGGGAUAUGGAGGGGCAGCAGGAGGGGCAGGAGCUGGAGGAUAUAAUCCUGCUGCGGCCAAAGCUGCUAAAUAUGGAGCUGGAGGAGCCGGCCUAGGAGCUGGAGGAGCCGGCCUAGGAGCUGGAGGAGCCGGCCUAGGAGCUGGAGGAGCCGGCCUAGGAGCUGGAGGAGCCGGCCUAGGAGCUGGAGGAGCCGGCCUAGGAGCUGGAGGAGCCGGCCUAGGAGCUGGAGGAGCCGGUCUAGGAGCUGGAGGAGCCGGCAUAGGAGGAGCAGGAGGAGGGCCAGGGACUGGGGCUGGACCAGGAUAUGGAGGUUAUGGAGGAUAUGGAGGGGUACCAGCAGGAGGGGCUGCCGCUGCUGCCAAAGCUGCUAAAUAUGGAGUUCCAGGAGGAGCUGGCGUGGCCGGGAGAGCAGGAGGGGUACCCGGGGCUGGAUAUGGAGGACAUAAUCCUGCUGCGGCCAAAGCUGCUAAAUAUGGAGUUCCAGGAGGUGCAGGAGCAGGCCUAGGAGCUGGAGGACUUGGUGGAGUACCAGGAGGGGGAGGAUAUAACCCUGCUGCGGCCAAAGCUGCUAAAUAUGGAGUCACCGGAGGUGCAGGAGCAGGCAUAGGAGCUGGAAGAGCACCAGGAGGAGGAUUACCAGGAGGAGGAUUACCAGGAGGAGGAGGAGGGGGUGUAACUGGGGCUGGUGGAUAUAAUCCCGCUGCAGCCAAAGCUGCUAAAUAUGGAGUCCCAGGAGGUGUAGGAACAGGCUUAGGAGCAGGAGGAUUUGGAGGAGCAGGAGGAGUACCUGGUGGAGUAGGAGCUGAAGGAUAUGAUCCCGUGGCCAAAGCUGCUAAAUAUGGUAAGCCAAACGGAGUGGGAAUCGGUGGAGAAGGUGUACCAGCGCCAGCAGCGACUCCAAGUCCAGGUGUGGGCGUGGGUGGUGGUGUUGGAGGAACUGCCGUUGAGCACACUGACUUACCAGUGGGCACAGGGAUACCUACCGCAAGCAAACCAGAUCCCACACCUAUUGGCACACAGGCCACAGAGGCCCCAGAGCCAGAGCCCAGUGCCACAGGAUUACCAGGAGUUGGUGCUGGGGUGCUUCAACCUAGUGCUGGUACAGGCCCAGCUCAGCCUGGUGUGGGUGUCGGAGCAGGUGGCAAAGCUCCUAAACCCCCUGGUGCGGGGGGAUACCCGUAUGGUGGUUAUGGACAGGCAGGACGACUCCCGUAUGGUCAUGGACAGGGUGCAGGUGCAGGUGGAUAUCCCUAUGGAGGAGGCUAUGGAACUCCAUACGGAGCAGGAGCUGGACAACUUCCUGGAGCCAAGCCCCUGAAACCUCCAGUUGUGGGAGGAGCAGGCGGUGUGACUGGAGGAGCAGGUAUUCCUCUUACUGGAGCCGGUGGUGGUGCAGGGGGAUACCCGUAUGGUUAUGGUCAAGGUGGUUAUGGACAGGGACAGGGUGCGAGGUAUCCUGCUGGUGUUGGUCUGGGAGCAGGGGCAGGAGCAGGUCAAAAAGCACCCAAACCCCCAGGUUAUGGUAACCUGGGUGCUGGUGGUGCUGGUUAUAAUCCAGGAGCUGGUGCGGUCCCAGGUUACGGAGGUGGCUACCCACAACAACGGGGCUACCCACAGCAAGGUGGCGGCUACCCACAGCAAGCCUACCCGGGAGCAUACGGAGCAGGCCAGACGGCACCACUGACUCCUCAACAAGCCAAAGCAGCCAAGUAUGGCCCACUCCAGAGCUUCCUUGGUGGAGCAGGAGGAGGAGGCUACAGACCAGGAGGAGUUGCUGCUGGAUGCCAAAGCAAAUACUGUGGAAGGCGGAAGUAGAGGAUGUUCUUGAGAAGAAGUUGAAUUUCAAGAAACAAUGGUGCUACUGCAUUAUCUAGAAUGUACAUUUUAUAUGCACAAAAUCCCCCAUUACAGUAUGUAAAGAUAUGUUGUACUUUAUUUGAUAUUUUUUAUACAAACCCACCGACCCAGACUUUUGCACACAUUUGAUGUGACUUAGUGUUAUUGAUUGUGCCUUUAUCGUUACAGUGGUCAUGGUGCUCAUCAUCUCUUACUGACAUGCCUGCGAUGCUCCCCUUUUAGUAGCUAUACUCAGUAGUUGUGUGUGCAUGCAUGUGUGUGGGCGUGUUUGCGUGGAUGUGUGCCUAUGUGGCUGUGUGUACGUGUGCGCUUGCACGUGUUGCCAUAGAUGUGUGCGUGUUUGGGUAGAUAGGAGAAUGUGAAAGAUUCUCCAGCUAUAGAAGCACCAGUUCAGUAACUGUACAUCCCUCUACUGCAGUAUCCCCAUGUGCUUAGUGUCUGUGUGUACCAAAGUUGGAAAUCUUCACAUACUGACAAGUCAAACUAAGGGUUGAGCUUCAAGAGGUAUGGUUGGUAAAGUGCUGAUAAACUUUGGCCAUGUAUCAGAACUGCCUCCUCUGGCAUUCUAUCAUCUCUGCUGCUAUUUAUAGCCCUGGGUGAAAUAGCAGUAUCAUAGCGGGUGUGUGUGGGCACAGGUUUCACAGUCCAUCUGCCAUCAGUAACUAUUUUAAGUGCCAUGGUUUAAGUAGCCUAUCUUCAGCCUUCUUGCCUUGAUUUCCGCCAAACUUGUGAAGUAUGAAGAGCAGGUUUUGCUCUGAAUGUGGGAAAGCUGAUGACAAUCAAUCCAAAGGUGUUCAAAAGAUUUUUAGGUGAUCUUUAGUGAUAUUCAUAUCAUACAUUGUGUCGGUUUGUACCAAUCCUUUGAAAUGCGGUGUGUUUUGUUUCUUAAAUGAUUUGUAUGUUUUUAGUUUUUAGAAAUGCGGGUUUUACAAAAAUGUAAAAGUAAAACUGAAAUCCUUUCGAUACUGCUCUGGCAUGUAUGACAUGUAUGACAUGAACAUUUUGUUUUCUUAAUUAUGUAUUAUUUUUCUGGUGUCCAAGAUUAAGUGCCUAGAAUGUUAUGCAUAUCUGGAAUCAUUCUAGUUUCACAUGCAGUUAUAGUUUAAUUUAUGCAAAUUGUCUCUCAUUAUUCAAGUUUCAAAUGUUUCUGGUCAAUAAAGUAGACUAUCUCCAGAUUUAUGUAAUCUAGAAUAAGGCAACUAACUGUAUGUUGUAGUAAUAGCCCUAGGUUAACAUGACUCUCACUUGCUUCAGUUCUUGUAGCCUACUCGUGGUGCUUUUUAUGAACUGUGUGAGACGCUCCUGUCAGGGGCCGCUGCACUGUGCCGUGGGAUAGUGUUCAUCUGAUUUAAACAGAGAAAAAAUAAGGAAUUAUGGGGUUUUGCACUUUUUAAUUUUCAUCGCACAUUUGACUUGUGCCCACCAAUACCGGCCUUUUAUUUGCUUCAGUAAAAAAACGAAAUAAAUAUGUUUUAAUGAAUACA